CCAUCAAUGCCAUCGCGUCGCAGCCAUACAAAAUCUAGGAAGGGGUGCUUGGAGUGUAAAAGGAGACAUGUCAAGGUUAGUGAGCGCUGUGACGAAGGUGUUCCAAAAUGCAGUCUGUGCAAGAAACGAAAAUUGGACUGCAAUUAUCCUCCACCAAAUGAAGAUGAGGAUACCAGCCCAAUGGCAUCAUCCACUGGCCAGGAUGAGACGGAAAGCGGCACCGUGAUUCCGACAGUAGAUCCACAGACGGUACGCUUGCUUGAGACGAGAUUACUCCACCAGUGGAUGACUUCGACAUAUCACACUCUGUCGCAAGACGGACUCUCUGCGCACCAUCUCUCCAUGAUUAUUCCUCGCAUGGCCUCAGAAUGUCCCUACCUGCUCGACAGCAUCCACGCACUAUCAGCCUUACAUCUAGCUUCGCUAGAGACCGACGAUCGGGCUUCCUGGAUUGAUUCUGCAGUGAAAUACCAGAGUCAGGCCUGUUCUGGAUUGAGCAAAGUUCUAGCAAACAUCUCACCUCCAGAAUAUGAACCAGCCUUUGUCGCCUCAAUUUUCAUAAUGCUCUUUGCCAUGGGUGUUCGGGUGCUAUCGCUCGAUAAUCGACCGAUGGAUCCGCUUUCGGUGGUACUCGAAGUUCGCACAUUGAUGUCCGGCCCCGCUAUGCUUUUCUCCCGAAUAAAUGAAGCCGGAGCCUAUGCACAGCUGAAUGGUUGGUUGUGUGUUCCUGACACCGAGGAAAGCCUGGAGGUUGGGGAACAUAAACACCGCGGUACGCCCGUUGAAAGCCCACAAAUUCUCUUUCGUCUUCAUGAAAACAUUCUCACGUCGCUGGAUCGACUGAGUUCAUUUAUUCACACACAUGAAGGACCAAACCAACCGAUCUACCAAAUGACAUGGCAGCAACUGCACCAGGCAAUCGAGCCGUGGCCAAAAUUUGGGCUCCACGGCGGUCCUAUCGCAUGGCCUUUGCACCUCGAUGCGAAGUUCCUCUCCUUACUUCAAGAUGGCGACUGGGUUGCCCGCGUUCUAUUUCUGCAUUAUGGCAUUGCCAUGCGGCUUCUGUGCCAGCGAUGGUAUGUGCGCGACUGGGGACGUCGGCUAGUAUUAGCCACACUGGAACCGCUGGACGAGAUUCCGCAGGAGUGGGUAGAGACAACCUCUUGGAUUAGACGCGCAGCGGAAAGCGAAGAUUAG